UGACCCACUGACAAAAAAAGUUGCCUGGGAGAAAUUGUUUGAGGGAUACUUUUAGCUUCUGUUGUAACUCGACAAAGUAAUGGAAAUGCACAAUGGGAAAGAACAAGAUUAGCAGAAGUACUUCCUGUGUCGACAUUAAACUCUUCCUCUGGCACGAUGGAUGCUGCCGGUAGCACACGUGGCUCGGUGAACUCAGAGCAAAACAGAGAGGAAUGUGAAUUUGUUCCAUCAAAGUUGGGAACGAAAGAAUAUUGGGAUGAAGCCUACACAAGAGAACUGCAGACUUUCAAAGAAAUUGGUGAUGUUGGGGAGAUCUGGUUUGGCGAGGAAAGUAUGGCUCGGGUUGUUCAGUGGCUAGAGAAGGAAAAUAUUCCACAAGAUGCUUCUGUGCUUGAUAUUGGAACAGGGAAUGGGAUGUUUCUAGUGGAACUGGCAAAAUGUGGGUUUACCAAUCUGACUGGAAUCGAUUACUCCCCUGCUUCUGUUGAGCUGGCAAAAAAUAUCAUGGCAAAGGAGGAACUGACAAACAUCAGGAUCAUGGAAGAAGACCUUCUCAGCCCCUCUCCUGAGCUGUCAGGGUUUGACGUGUGCAUCGAUAAAGGGACGUUUGAUGCGAUCAGUCUGAACCCAGAGAACGCGGCAGAGAACAGAGAGCAGUAUGCUCGGGCUGUGCGCUCGGUGCUCAAAGACGACGGGCUCUUCAUUAUCACAUCGUGUAACUGGACCAAAGACCAGCUUCUUAGCAUUCUCUGCAAAGGAUUUGAGAUUCAGCAGGAGCUGCCAACGCCUAGCUUCCAGUUUGGAGGGAGAACUGGGAAUAGUGUGACAGCGCUGGUUUUAAAGAGGAAGAACUAAACACUUAAACUUAAAUACAGGAUUGAACCACAAAUAGCCUUUCUGGGAAGGAGUCUGCCUUGUUGCCAAUUAAACUUUUGAAAGGGUGUGUAAAAAGGUCCCAGGAAUCUACAGCAACAUUUUCUACAAAGGACUCGGAUUACAUUGAUUUUCGUUACUUUUACAUGACAGAAUUUAUACAGAACUUUAAGUUUAUGCAACAUUAGGGAAAUCAUUUCAAGGUGCAUUUUUAUAUUAAAAUUUGCAUAAAAAUAUGGAGACAUUUUCACAGCCAUUACCCUGACUGUCCAGCAGGGCAGCUAACUUGACCUGUCUAUCAGCAUUGGUUUCGUCUGCCAUAAAUGCUGAGCCUGCAACCAACUGUAAAGGUUUACAUCAGGAAUUUGCAUUCAUUUCCCCAGCUGAUCUUGCUCAGUUUUUAUUAUAAGCAUCCUCCAAAGAUAUUUCUGCCAGCAUUAUUGUUAGUAAAGCUGCUUCUGUCAGCUUGAGAACAUAAAUGUUACAAAUGUGUGUCUUUUACAGUUAAAGUUGUGUCUUUGAAACUGUGAGAAGGUUGAACCAUUUGAGAUCAGAAACAGAACAGCAGGUGGGGGUGUUCUCUAAAGUGUUAGAUACUUUACAGCACCUGAUCUCUCAGACAUGCACCAAAGCAUGACACAUUUUGUUUUAUUCUAUUCCCAUGUAUAGAGCUCCAGUUGUGAUUAUAGCGGGUAAGAAUGUCUUUGGUAAGAAUGUUCUUUUAAUUGCUGGAACGUGGGGAUGCAUACUGUAUGUCACACUUAUGUUUUUAUGUACGUAUGGAUGCCGAUAGUUCAAAUUUAAAAUUGCCAGCAGUGGUGGCGGAUAUACAGGUGUAUGCGACUGCUUCAUAUGAAUUUAAUGACACUGUAAACAAAGUACCUGAAAUGAUCACCAAAGUACCUGAAAUGAUCCUGGUAGGGCUACCAGCAAGGCAAUGAGAGUAUUUUAUUGUCAUGUUCUGCCUGAGAUAACAAGAGCCAAUUUUAACACUUAACACGGUACCUUUUCCUUUCAAUAUGUCUCAUUGUAAAUCUAAUGGGGAUAAUAUUUAGAAAAUAAACAAACAUGUUUAAAAGCCA